AUGAGAACCAGUGCUGCAUCCCGCUGGCCGGCAGCUCUGGGCACCUCCACCGUGCUCCUCCACCCUCCGGCCCUGGUGUUCCCGCUAUGCCGUGGUUAUGCCAAUGGCUACACUCGUGGCGGGCAGCCCAUACCGCCGCCUUACGUCAACCCCGACGCCGCGGUGCCGGGCGAUGCGCUGAAGAAGUACGGCAAGGACAUCACGGCCCUCGCCAAGGAGGGCAAGCUCGAUGAAGUCAUCGGCCGCGACGAAGAGAUCAGGCGCACCAUGCAGGUCCUCUCGCGUCGCACCAAGAACAACCCCGUGCUCAUCGGCGAGCCGGGUGUGGGCAAGACUGCGAUCGUAGAGGGACUGGCCACGCGCAUCAUACACGGGGACGUGCCCGACAGCCUCAAGGGCAAGAAGGUGAUCGGCCUUGACAUGGGAACACUCGUGGCCGGUGCCAAGUUCAGAGGCGAGUUCGAGGAACGCCUCAAGUCAGUGCUCAAGGACGUGCACGACCUCAAGGGCGAGGUCAUCCUCUUCAUCGACGAAAUGCACACCCUCGUUGGAGCCGGGGCUUCGGAAGGGUCGAUGGACGCCUCGAACAUGCUCAAGCCUGCACUCGCGCGCGGAGAACUGCAUUGUGUUGGCGCCACAACGUUGAACGAAUACCGCAAGUACAUCGAAAAGGACCCGGCCCUGGCCCGUCGCUUCCAGUCGGUCUUUGUGCCGGAGCCCACCGUGCAGGACACCAUCUCAAUCCUCCGCGGCCUGAAGGAGAGGUAUGAAGUGCACCAUGGAGUGCGCAUCACCGACGGCGCGAUCGUGUGUGCGGCCGUCUAUUCUCACCGCUACAUCACCGACCGCUUCCUGCCCGACAAGGCGAUCGAUCUGGUGGACGAAGCGGCCAGCAGGUUGAGGCUGCAGCAGGAGAGCAAGCCCGAGCAGAUCGAGGACCUCGACCGUCAGAUCAUUACCCUCAAGAUCGAGCUGGAGGCUCUGCGCAAGGAAACCGACCCGGCCUCCGCCGAGCGCCGGCAGAAGGUGGAGUCCGAGAUCGCCCGCGUCGAGGGCAAAUCACAGGAGCUCACCAGGGCCUGGCAGGAGGAAAGAGACAAGCUGCACAAGAUCAAGAACCUGAAGGAGCAGCUCAAGCGAGCUAAGCUGGACUUGCAAAGGGCCGAGCGGAACGGCGACCUGGCGAGGGCCGGCGAGCUGGCCUACGGCAUCAUCCCAACCCUCGAGAGGCAGCUGCCCAAGGACCAAGGGGCCGAGACGACGAUGCUGGGCGAAGCGGUGACGGACAACGACAUCGCGUUGGUCGUGUCGCGCGCUACCGGCAUUCCGGUUCACAACCUACUGAUGGGCGAGAGGGAAAAGCUUCUGCACAUGGAGCAGGUCCUUGCAUCGCGCGUGAAGGGCCAAAAUGAUGCCGUUGGCGCCGUCAGCCGGCCGCUCGGCUCGUUCCUCUUCCUCGGUCCGACGGGCGUGGGCAAGACCGAGCUGUGCAAGCAGCUGGCUUCGUUCCUAUUCGACAGCGAGAACGCGAUGGUGCGCAUCGACAUGUCCGAGUACAUGGAGCGCUUCUCCGUCUCACGGCUCAUCGGCGCGCCUCCCGGCUAUGUGGGCUACGAAGAGGGCGGCACGCUGACCGAGGCGGUCAGGAGGCGGCCCUAUCAGAUCGUCUUGUUCGACGAAUUCGAGAAGGCCCACAGGGCGAUCCACAACAUCCUCCUGCAGAUCUUGGACGAGGGACGCCUGACGGACUCGCAGGGGCGCAAGGUCGACUUCCGCAACACGAUCAUCAUCAUGACCUCCAACCUCGGCGCCGAGAUCCUGGCCGACCUGCCGCCCGGCCACAGCAGCUCGGAAGCGCGCGACGCGGUGAUGGGCGCCGUGAGGGGCGCCUUCACUCCCGAGUUGCUCAACCGUAUCGACGAGAUUGUGCUCUUCAACAGGCUCUCGCACGAGGACAUGGACUCCAUCGUCAACAUCCAGCUCAAGGACGUGUCCAACCUGUUGGCCGACCGCCGCAUCCAGGUCGAGCUCACCCCGGAGGCGCGCGAGUGGCUGGCCGAGCGCGGCUAUGACCCCGUCUACGGUGCUCGCCCGCUGCGCAGGAUCAUCCAGAAGCACAUCCUCAACCCUCUGUCGCGCGAGAUGCUCAAGGGUGAUGUGUUGGAUGGCGACUUGAUACGGAUCAGCAGGAAGGCGGUCGACCCCGAGGAGGUGUUGAAGAAUACCGCCGCCACCGACAGCUGGAGCUCGGCGCUCGAGGAGCUCGACCUGGAGGUGGUCCACACCGAGCAGAGCACGCCCGAGGUCCACAACGCGAAGCCCCUCCUCAAGGCCGAGUUUGGCGUCGAGGACGACUGA